GGAGGGGAGGUUUCCAUGGCGACGGCAAACAAGGCCCUGACUGUAGGGCCGCAGCUGGGCUACUACUCCCGCCGCCGCCAUGAUUCCCCCCGCGGACUCUCUGCUCAAGUAUGACACCCCGGUGUUGGUGAGCCGGAACAAGGAGAAACGGAGCCCCAAAGCUCGGCCACUGAAAGUCAGCCCUCAGCAGCCCGGACCCUCAGGUCCCGUCCCACAGCCACCAAAGACCAAGCUCCCCUCAACUUCCUGUGUCCCAGAUCCUACAAAGCAGGCAGAAGAAAUCUUGAAUGCCAUCCUGCCCCCGAGGGAGUGGGUGGAGGACACGCAGCUGUGGAUCCAGCAGGUGUCCAGCAUCCCCAGCACCAGGAUGGAUGUGGUGCACCUCCAGGAGCAGCUGGACCUGAAGCUGCAGCAGCGGCAGGCCCGGGAGACCGGCAUCUGCCCGGUGCGCCGGGAGCUGUACUCGCAGUGUUUCGAUGAGCUGAUCCGCGAGGUUACCAUCAACUGUGCGGAGCGAGGGCUGCUGCUGCUGCGAGUCCGGGACGAGAUCCGCAUGACCAUCGCUGCCUACCAGACCCUGUAUGAGAGCAGCGUGGCAUUUGGCAUGAGGAAGGCGCUGCAGGCCGAGCAGGGGAAGUCAGACACGGAGAGGAAAAUUGCAGAAUUAGAAACGGAAAAGCGAGAUUUGGAGAGGCAAGUGAACGAACAGAAGGCAAAAGGUGAGGUCAUCGAGAAGCGCGAGAGUGAGAGGAGACAGGUGGAGGAGAAGAGGCACAACGAAGAGAUUCAGUUCUUGAAGCGGACUAAUCAGCAGCUGAAGGCCCAACUGGAAGGCAUUAUUGCACCAAAGAAGUGAUAAUUUCCAUAUGGGUCUCAGCAAGCACUACUACCCCAUCAUAAGCCCUUCGUAAUAAAAAGCUUCCUGAGUGAAGCCACACCCCUCCCCUGAUCCCACCUACGUAUUUGUCAGAAGCCACACCACCGCCCCAGUGUUGUGCAACACCUACGGUCUGGCAGCCAGGCUCCGGGCUGGACAACAGAAGGCGGUGUGGCCCAGGAAGUCCCUGUACGUAGCCAACCUUGGGAUUUGCCAACCUCAACAGUGAGACUCAGAAUUCACCCCUUUUGGCUGUAUCCCUCAGGUGGAGCAGCUCCUUUCUCACUGUCACUCCAUACUAUCACUUAUUUCCAGCCACACAAAGCUGCUUCUCUGCCCUGCAAUUCAUCUUGUCCCUUAACCCGGGCUCCUCUGGCCUCAGUCUUGCCCUUAUCUGAUGUCUUUUCAUCAUCCCUACUCCAGUGCAGUUCUAGUACCUCAUUUCGGAGUUUUCGUUUUAUACCGUAUCAUCUUAUUGCUGCUUGCCAAGUCAAUGGACCCCAUCCUCCUUAGUUUUGGACUGCCUGGGUAGGAGGCAAUGGCAGGG